AUGAAGAAGAGCAACGGAGAAGAGCGACACAACUGGAUCCAAGUGAGCGCUACCAUCGGCUUGCUCGUUGCGGUGAUCGCUGCUUAUUUCCUCAAAACAAAGCCCGAGCUUUUACUGCAACUUCCAAAUGGAUACAUUCCAUGGGCGAUGAUGGGCGGUACAAUGCCCCCCUACUUUGACCCGGCUCCAUACGAGUUGGAAGAGUUUAGGACAUGGGCAAGAGAUGGCGACCUGAUCGUGACCCCUGCCUGUAAGUCAGGUACCACGUGGAUGCUGUAUUGCGCCCACCAGAUCCGAACCAAAGGGCUUGACAACAACUACCGUGAGGUCAAUGUCAACACACCCUGGGUGGGCUACAAGCACAAGCCAGGGCAAACUUGGCAAGAGCUCAAGGAGCUCAUGAAUACCACCAUUCUGGAAGACGGGUCGUUGCUCAAGGACUUCUGGGAUAAUCCUGAUUACCCUUUCCGUGUGUUCAAGUCUCACUUCGGCCCGCGACAGGAGAACGGCACCUCCGACGAUGUUCUGCCAGUGAGAGAGUAUCCUGGUGUGAAGUAUCUCGCGAUGGUGCGGGAAGGACGUGACGUGGUAGCGAGCUUCUAUCCCUUCUUUGCCAAGCACCGACCAGAGUACAAG